AUGGCUACCACGAACGACUCAAAGGCGCCUUUGCGCCAAGUUAAAAGAGUACAGUUUGGUAUAUUAUCCCCUGAUGAAAUCCGUCGUAUGUCCGUCACCGAGGGUGGCAUUCGCUUUCCCGAAACUAUGGAAGGAGGAAGGCCGAAACUUGGCGGCCUUAUGGAUCCACGACAAGGGGUGAUCGAUAGAAGCUCCAGAUGUCAAACGUGCGCUGGAAACAUGACUGAAUGCCCUGGACACUUUGGGCACAUUGAUUUGGCUAAACCAGUUUUUCAUAUUGGAUUCAUAACAAAAACAAUAAAAAUAUUGAGAUGUGUUUGUUUUUACUGUUCCAAGCUUCUUGUCAGCCCGACAAAUCCAAAGAUAAAAGAGGUUGUCAUGAAAUCAAAAGGGCAACCUCGUAAACGAUUGACCUAUGUCUAUGAUCUUUGUAAAGGUAAGAAUAUAUGUGAAGGUGGUGAAGAUAUGGAUAUUGGUAAAGAGGGAGAGGAGGGGAAAAGGGGAUCAGGCCAUGGCGGUUGUGGUCACUACCAACCAUCUAUACGGCGUCAAGGUUUAGAUCUUACAGCUGAAUGGAAACAUGCAAAUGAAGACACUCAAGAAAAGAAAAUUAUUAUCACAGCAGAAAGAGUAUGGGAAAUACUUAAACACAUCACAGAUGAAGAAUCUUUUAUAUUGGGUAUGGAUCCUAAAUUUGCUAGACCUGAUUGGAUGAUAGUGACAGUAUUGCCAGUGCCACCAUUGUCAGUGAGGCCAGCUGUAGUAAUGUUUGGUGCUGCUAAAAAUCAGGAUGACUUGACUCACAAACUUGCUGAUAUUAUAAAGGCAAAUAAUGAAUUAAUGAGAAAUGAACAGUUAGGCGCAGCAGCCCAUGUGCUUGCUGAGAAUAUCAGAUUAUUACAAUUUCAUGUGGCCACAUUUGUAGAUAAUGAUAUGCCAGGAAUGCCAAAAGCUAUGCAGAAAUCUGGGAAACCCCUCAAAGCUAUUAAAGCACGUCUGAAAGGAAAAGAAGGCAGAAUAAGAGGAAAUCUCAUGGGUAAACGUGUGGACUUCUCUGCUCGUACUGUCAUUACACCUGAUCCCAAUUUACGUAUUGACCAAGUCGGCGUUCCACGGUCUAUUGCACAAAAUUUAACAUUUCCUGAAUUGGUGACGCCUUUUAAUAUUGAUAGAAUGCAGGAGCUGGUUAGAAGAGGGAAUGCUCAGUAUCCAGGAGCUAAAUACAUUGUACGCGAUAAUGGAGAAAGAAUUGAUCUUAGAUUCCACCCAAAGUCAUCUGAUCUGCAUUUGCAAUAUGGUUAUAAAGUUGAGAGACAUUUGAGGGAUGAUGAUUUAGUUAUUUUUAACAGACAACCUACACUUCACAAGAUGAGUAUGAUGGGUCACAGAGUGAAAGUUUUACCAUGGUCAACAUUCCGAAUGAAUUUGAGUUGCACAUCUCCAUACAAUGCUGAUUUUGAUGGUGAUGAAAUGAAUUUACAUGUUCCUCAGUCAAUGGAAACUCGUGCGGAAGUUGAAAAUAUUCACAUAACGCCAAGACAGAUUAUUACGCCACAAGCCAACAAACCUGUUAUGGGUAUUGUACAAGACACAUUGACAGCUGUUAGAAAAAUGACCAAAAGAGAUGUCUUUUUAACAAAAGAACAAGUAAUGAAUCUGCUUAUGUUCUUACCCACAUGGGAUGGUAAAAUUCCACAACCUUGUAUAUUAAAGCCUCAACCACUAUGGACUGGCAAACAAAUAUUCACUUUAAUAAUUCCUGGAAAUGUUAAUAUGAUCCGGACUCAUUCAACUCAUCCUGAUGAAGAAGAUGAUGGCCCAUAUAAAUGGAUUUCACCUGGAGAUACUAAAGUUGUGGUAGAGCAUGGAGAAUUACUAAUGGGUAUCCUUUGUAAAAAAUCUUUGGGUGCCUCAGCUGGGUCCUUACUUCACAUUUGCAUGUUGGAGUUAGGCCAUGAAACUGCUGGCAGAUUUUAUGGUAAUAUUCAGACUGUAAUUAACAACUGGUUGCUAUUAGAAGGCCAUUCAAUUGGUAUUGGUGACACUAUUGCUGAUCCUCAAACUUAUCAAGAAAUUCAGCGUGCUAUUGUUAAAGCCAAAGAUGAUGUAAUAGAAGUCAUUCAAAAAGCUCAUAAUAUGGAGCUAGAGCCUACACCAGGUAAUACUCUCAGACAGACCUUCGAAAAUCAAGUAAAUCGUAUUCUAAAUGAUGCUCGUGACAAAACUGGUGGUUCAGCUAAAAAGUCUCUUACUGAGUACAAUAAUCUUAAAGCUAUGGUAGUAGCGGGUUCAAAGGGAUCCAAUAUUAACAUAUCUCAAGUUAUUGCUUGUGUGGGUCAACAAAAUGUUGAAGGUAAACGUAUUCCAUUCGGGUUCCGUAAAAGAACACUGCCACACUUCAUUAAAGACGAUUAUGGUCCGGAAUCAAGAGGCUUCGUAGAAAAUUCGUACCUUGCGGGUUUAACUCCAUCAGAAUUCUAUUUCCACGCUAUGGGUGGUCGUGAAGGUCUUAUCGAUACUGCUGUAAAAACUGCUGAGACUGGGUAUAUUCAGCGUCGUCUGAUAAAGGCUAUGGAGUCAGUUAUGGUGCAUUAUGAUGGUACAGUUCGCAACUCAGUCGGACAACUCAUUCAAUUAAGAUACGGUGAAGACGGUUUAGCCGGAGAAACCGUAGAAUUCCAAAAUCUGCCAACCGUCAAACUGUCUAACAAAGCAUUUGAGAAGAAAUUCAAAUUUGAUCCAUCUAAUGAGCGGUAUCUGAAGAGAAUCUUCAAUGAAGAAAUCAUAAAAGAAUUAACAGAAUCAGGUUACGUUAUAUCUGAUCUUGAAAGUGAAUGGGAACAGUUAUCUAAAGACAGAGAAAUAUUGCGACAAAUUUUCCCAAGUGGUGAAUCAAAGGUUGUACUGCCUUGCAAUUUCAAGAGAAUGAUCUGGAAUGUUCAGAAAAUUUUCCAUAUUAACAAAAGGCUCCCGACAGACUUAAGUCCAAUUAAAGUUAUACAAGGUGUAAAAGAUUUAUUGAAAAAAUGUGUUAUAGUAGCCGGAGAAGAUCGUUUAUCUAAGCAAGCCAAUGAAAAUGCCACACUUUUGUUCCAAUGCUUGGUAAGAUCAACACUAUGCACUAAGUUUGUGUCCGAAGAAUAUCGCUUAUCCAGCGAAGCAUUUGAAUGGUUAAUUGGUGAAAUUGAAACUCGUUUCCAACAAGCACAAGUAAAUCCUGGUGAAAUGGUAGGAGCCUUAGCUGCUCAGUCACUUGGUGAACCCGCUACUCAGAUGACACUGAACACUUUCCACUUUGCUGGUGUGUCGUCGAAGAACGUAACCCUAGGUGUACCUCGACUAAAAGAAAUUAUCAAUAUAUCAAAGAAGCCAAAAGCUCCAUCUCUAACUGUAUUUUUAACCGGUGGUGCGGCCAGAGACGCUGAGAAAGCUAAAAAUGUCCUAUGCAGAUUGGAGCAUACUACAUUACGAAAAGUUACAGCAAACACUGCUAUUUAUUACGACCCCGAUCCACAAAAUACAGUUAUUGCUGAAGAUCAAGAAUUCGUUAAUGUCUAUUAUGAAAUGCCUGAUUUUGAUCCUACUAAGAUAUCUCCUUGGCUCUUACGUAUUGAAUUGGAUCGUAAAAGAAUGACGGAUAAAAAGCUAACUAUGGAACAAAUUGCGGAAAAGAUCAACGCUGGCUUUGGAGAUGAUUUGAAUUGUAUAUUCAACGACGAUAAUGCUGAAAAACUAGUGCUGCGAAUAAGAAUUAUGAAUAACGAAGAGAGUAAAUUCCAGGACAAUGAUGAAGAAACUGUUGAUAAAAUGGAAGAUGACAUGUUCCUCAGAUGUAUUGAAGCUAAUAUGUUGUCCGACAUGACCUUACAGGGUAUAGAAGCAAUAGCCAAAGUAUACAUGCAUUUACCACAGACUGAAGCUAAAAAGAGAAUUAUUAUCACAGAGCAAGGAGAAUUUAAAGCAAUUGCUGAAUGGCUGUUGGAGACUGAUGGUACAUCUUUGAUGAAAGUGCUGUCUGAACGAGAUGUUGACCCAAUACGAACAUUCAGUAACGACAUUUGCGAAAUAUUCCAAGUUCUUGGAAUCGAGGCUGUACGUAAAUCUGUCGAAAAAGAAAUGAACGCUGUAUUACAGUUUUAUGGGCUAUACGUAAACUACCGCCACCUUGCUUUACUUUGUGACGUCAUGACUGCAAAGGGUCAUCUUAUGGCUAUUACUCGACACGGUAUUAACAGGCAAGAUACUGGAGCGCUUAUGAGGUGCUCUUUCGAAGAAACCGUCGAUGUUCUGUUAGACGCUGCAAGUCAUGCUGAAGUAGAUCCAAUGAGAGGGGUAUCAGAAAAUAUUAUUAUGGGACAAUUGCCGAGAAUGGGAACUGGCUGUUUCGAUUUGCUUCUUGACGCUGAAAAAUGUAAACAUGGAAUGGAAAUGGGAGGUCUCGGCGUUGGUAUGGGUGUAGGUGGCGGAAUGUACUUUGGUGUUGGUACUCCAUCUAUGACACCUUUGAUGACUCCAUGGUCUACACAAAAUACACCAGGUUACGGCAGUAGUGUUUGGUCGCCAGGUCAAGUUGGCAGCAGUAUGACACCCGGCGGUCCAUCAUUUUCGCCUUCUGGUGCAUCAGACGCCUCUGGACUUUCUCCAGCAUAUAGCGCCUGGUCUUCACAACCGGGUUCCCCAGGUUCCCCUGGACCACCGUUAUCGCCUUAUGCUUCACCAGCAGGAGCAUCACCUUCAUAUUCACCAACAAGCUCUGUAUAUAUAUUCACCAACGAGUCCGUCAUAUUCGCCGACCAGUCCAUCAUAUUCGCCUACAAGUGCAGCCUAUUCCCCAUCCUCUCCGGGCUAUUCACCAUCUUCUCCAAGUUAUUCACCAACAAGCCUGGUCUACAGUCCAACUUCUCCCGGUUAUUCUCCAUCAUCACCAAAUUACACACCGGCAUCACCCGGCUAUUCACCAUCAAGUCCAUCGUACUCACCAACUUUGCCCGUCUAUUCCCCGUCGUCUCCAAGAUAUUCACCGUCGUCUCAAAAAUAUUCACCAACAUCGCAAAACUAUUCACCGACUUCUCCUUCAGUUGCUGGAGCCUCGUCUCCGCAACACCCAUCAAGUACUCCUUAUUCACCGUCGUCUCCGAAUUAUUCACCAUCCACACC